AUGUCGAGCGAGGAAAUUGAGAUGGGCAACAUGCCUGUCAAGUCUGUCCAAGUGAGUGUGUCGCACGCUCGUUCAGGCUCUGACGGGGGUUAUCAUGGUGGUGUGUCGACAUCGAGGUCAAGUAGGAAACAUUUGGAGAGAAGUUUUGGAUCACUCUCAAUCCUCUCACUAUCACUAACAAUUCUCUCAUCAUGGGAAUCUGUUGCAAACAGCUUCGAGUCUGGACUCGUCAAUGGCGGACCAGCCGGUCUGGUCUGGGGCAUGGUAUUGUCAAUAAUUGGUACAAUGGCCCUAGCAGUAUCACUGGCUGAGCUGGCAUCUAUGUGCCCGCGAGCAGGAGCUCAGUACCACUGGACAGCGGUGGUUGCCCCUCCACGAAUCAGCGCAUUCAUUACUUGGAUGCAAGGAUGGAUCACUAUCUUCGGAUGGCAAGCCACCCUGGCUAGUAUAUGCUACUUGAUAUCAACGCAAAUACAGGGGAUGGUACUAUUGAACAACCCGCAAUAUCAAUCUCAACAAUGGCAAGGGACGCUCAUGAUGUGGGCGAUCAUCGCUUUAGUGGGGUUCAUUAAUAUUUACGGGAUCAAGAUUUUGCCCGCUCUGCAGAUGUUGGGAGGAAUCAUGCAUAUCGUAUUCUUCAUCGCGAUCGUCAUUCCAUUGGUGCUUCUAUCACGGCGCAGCACCUCCGAAUUUGUCUUCACUCAGUUGAUAACGAGCGACGAAGGGUGGCAGUCAAAGGGGGUGGCUUGGUGUCUCGCCAUGUUGACAGUGACAUAUUGUUUUGUCGGACUGGACGGUGCCGUCCACAUGAGUGAAGAGGUGCGAAAUCCGGCUAUCGUCAUCCCGCGCAUUUUAGUUCAAUCAAUCGCCAUUAAUGGGUUCAUGGCUUUUGUCUUUCUCCUCGUUAUCCUCUUCUGCAUGGGCAGUGUUGAGGAGGCUUUGAAUCCCCCGUAUAUCUUUCCAAUGAUCGGGGUUUUUAUGCAAACUACCAAUUCUGUCGGAGCGGCCACUGCCAUGCAGACAGCUAUUACACUAAUAGGCAUGGUGUCUAACACCGGCGUACUUGCAUCUGUCUCACGACUAACAUGGGCAUUUGCUUGCGACGGAGGUUUGCCAUUCUCCAGAUACUUCGCUCACGUCGACCGCAACCAACGUGUACCGAAACGAGCCAUCUAUCUUGUUUGUGCCGCAGUCGUCCUUCUCUCGGUAAUUAACGCCGCCUCGGAGACCGCUCUUAGCGCCAUUCUCGCUCUUUCCACUAGCUCUCUUUACAUUUCCUAUCUCAUUCCGGUCUUUCUGAUGAUCAUCCGUCGUGUGGAUACCAGCCGUGGACCCAUUCCAUUUGGUCCCUGGAGUCUGGGCCGCUACGGCAUGGCGCUCAAUAUUUUUGCCUUGGUGUUUGGCGUCUUCGUUUGCAUUUUUGUUCCAUUCCCGACACAAAUCCCGGUAACGGCUGCGAAUAUGAACUGGUCCGGUCCUGUGUUCUUGGGUGUCGUCAUAUUGUUGGUGAUAGAUUGGACUUUUCGGGCUAGAACGAAGUAUACUGGGCCCAAGGAUCUUAUAAAGUUGGACAACAAGACUAAUAUUGCUUAA